CGAUCUGCAGAGGGAUCCAAAUUUUGAGGCACACGUAGCGCCAUCGCUAAAAGGCGACCACUUCGGUGGUACCUUGCGAUUGGUUGACUGGGACGCUGAUGGCGACGUUGAUGUCCUGGCAAGUGAUGCAGGGUCAAUUUGGUUCCAUGAGAGACUUCCAGGAGACGUUUUUCGAAAGCAUGAGUUGCUGAACCUCACAGAGUUCACACCUAGAGAAGGACAAAGUCGAUUUCACUUCUGGUCAUGUUUUCUGCCAGGCAAAAAACCAUCAUACUGCAACUUCCCAACAGGUCGAUUUGAAGUUGCAGAUUGGGAUGGUGACCAGCGGCUGGAUUUGCUGAUUUGCAGUCUGGCAGUUGAUGUUGUGACCGUGCGAUGGUUAAGUCGCUCCCUCCUCACUAGCAAUGUGAACAAUGCUUCUGACAUCCCUGUUGUUUUGCAAACGAGUGGCCUUGGCUGCGACAUGCAGGCAGUGGACUUCGAUGAAGAUGGUGAUUUGGACCUUCUUCUAGGUCACAGUGGGUUUAGAAAACAGUCUAGUCUUUUCCAGGCGGUUUUUCUUUACCCUCCGAGAUUUCGGAGGUAUUUUGAGCGAGUAUCAAAUGAGCUGGAGGAGCGCAUUGGAGAGGAGAAUCCACUGGCAGCGUUUGGAGGCCAAGUGCUGUGGAUUGCAGAUCUGGAUGGAGAUGCACGCUUGGAUGUGCUGGCAACAGAAGACAUUCGCAAACAGCCCGACAGUCUCAGUCUCAGAUGGGAUCGCUGCCGCUAUUUCCGCCGGACGGCUGCCGGCAGCUUUGUAGAGCCAUCAGAGAAUCCCCUGGCAUUUUUGUUGUCAAAUACCUCUCAAAUGAUGCAGGCCAUUAUGUCUUCCACCUUAGCGUCUCCCACCUAUGAGUUGCACGUGGCAGAUUGGAAUUCAGAUGGUCUGCCAGAUGUCUUACGCUUGGAGGUCUUGCUAGGGGUCACGUGGAAGUUGGAAGAGUAUUUCCAACAUUUGGUCGACACAGAAUUGAAGUACAAUUAUCAUGUCAACACGUAUGAGGACAUCCACGCGGGCAAGCACCUGGGUGGUGCUGAUACUUUCAGUCUUGUAGACUGGAACAGGGAUGGCUUUCAAGAUGUGGUGGUCAUGCGAUCGUUUUCAAGGUCAGGGUUUUUACAGCUGUAUGAAUUUGACGGACAGAGAAUGAAGGAAGUGGAAGGUGUUUUUGACAAUGUCACUUUUGGCAGCGUCCUUGGGGGGCCCCUAUUGGUACUGAACACUAACGAAUUUGCCACCAUGAUUGAUUGGGACAAAGAUGGCAGCUUGGACCUGCUCCUUUCAAACAGAGACAGACUGCUCUUCUUUCAGAUGAUCUCAGGAAGUUUCCGUGAAGCUUCAGAACAUCCCUUCGAAAACAUCCGGCUCAAUGUGUGGGGGGGACCCAACAUCAAACCCAUGGUAGUUGAUUGGGACAACGAUGGGGACCUCGAUCUUUUUCUCAGCCUGCCAGAUGGUCGCUAUUUUGAGCACUUGGAAAACGGAAGUCUGCAUGAAUGGCCACUGGAGCAAAGCCCACUGUCAACUGCCAUGAAAUCGCUGCCGCCCCAUUCCAAACCCAAUCAGUGGCCUCACUCCACACAAACUCAGUGGGAGUGGCAAUUUGUGGACUGUGACGCAGAUGGUGAUUUUGACCUCAUUUACACCCAUGAAGAAGCAACGCACGUUUGCGAGCAUGAUGAUAGCACGCAUGAAUUACGAUGUGAUGCUGCUAUCUUGUGUUUGGGAACAAACCUCAGUCACUUUCACAAAGGAGCUGCCUCCGGAAGCGUCUUUGUGGCUUCGGAUGGCCUGCUUGAGCUCUUUGUUCAACCUACUGCUAGAUCUUCUGGGUUGCAGUUUUGGACUCCUGGCUUUUGUGUGCCAAGCGAUCCUUGUCAUGGCCGGGGGGGUUGUGUGCGCCGGCAAACCCAUUGUGUCUGCCUUGCAGGCCAUGAGGCGCACGACUGUUCUCAAUGCCAGCCCAACUAUUAUACUUUGCCAAGAGAGGUGGGGCAAGUGCAAGAUUGCAAGGCGUGUCCAGGUGCAGAUGGCAAGGUUUGCCAUGCUCGUGGCGUGUGCUUUGAUGAUGCAAGAGCCAAAGCUGCUAAAGCUCUUGAAAACAGGUCUACUGGUGCGUGGAUGGCGAUAGGAAAUGGCUCGUGUAGGUGCAAUGAAGGCGAUUUCUACGGGAAAGAUGAAGAGGGGCGGAGCACAUGCAUGGAUGGGAACUGUCCAGCUGGUACUGAAGAGAGUGAUGGUAGUUGCAGCCCUUGUGUUGACGGCUUCUUCUCCAGUACUGGAGGUCGUUGCAAACCAUGUCCCGCUGGAAAAUUUUCUCUGAAGAGAAGUGGCAAUUGUUCCGAAUGUCCUGCCGGAACUAUUUCAAAGGUUUCAGGCAGCGCUGUGUGUGAACCAUGUGAGGCAGGCAGUUUUGCAGAGAAAGGCGGUGCAUACUGCAGCCAGUGCCCGCAAGGCAAAGUAUCUCCCCCACGCAGUGGUGCUUGUGAUCCAUGUGAUGCUGGUCGCUUUGGGCAGGACUUCCAGACAUGCGAGCAAUGUCCGGGUGGGAAAUUUGCUGAUAAGGGCAGCAGCGCAUGUGAGGAUUGUCCGGUAGGCUCUGUCUCCAGUCCAGGCAGUGGUGAAUGCAAGAGCUGUGAUGGCCGCUUCCUGAUGAUGCGAGCUACUGCUGAUGCGACCAAGGAAAGAUGCCAACCUUCGGUUGUGGAUAUUGUGCUUGGAAUCAUUUGCUAUUCGGCUUGUUUUGGGCUCCUGGUUUUGACUGGUUUCCGCGGUAGCGUUCCUAUUUCGGAUAUUUCUUCGCAAGGUGAAAAGAUCGUGAUCACCACUUCCAUUGCGCAUUAUUUUCUGAAACGGGCACAUCCAGUUGUGUCCUUCGCUGGCACUGGUGUCCUCGACCUGGAUAAGAACGAGAAAAAAUUGAUUUGGAAGGCAAAAGCCACAAGUUUAUACCAGCUCACACUCCAUUGCAGCGACAAGCCCGACAUGGCACUGGACACAUCAAUAGGACAUUUACAUUUGAGGUUUCCGCAUGUGCUUCUCUCGACAGGGAUGUGGCACUGCCCGCUCAUUUUAUGGUGCUUGUUCGAGACAACAGUCAUUGCAGCUGCAGCAAGCAAACUCACGUGGUCAUUGACAUUGGUGACAUGCACUGUAGGCCUUGUAGCAGGUUUGCUGGCUCUUGCGUGGCGACGAAGGCAAGGCGAGAGAACGCCAUUGGCGAAAAGACGACGCCAGUUUUUCAAGGAGUGGCGUUUGCGUUUGGCUCUGCAGCGAUGCGACCGUGGACCUGAUCGAUCGAUGACGGCCGGAAAACUCUUGGAAUUCUUGCAGUUUUUCGACAGCUUCAUCAAGGAGCGCUCCAUGUACUACGUGAGCUCCAACAUUGUGAAGCCUCUCACCCAGCCAUAUCAACUUUCCUUCGCUGAGCUGGUAGGCCCCACCAAGAUCCAAUGGUUUGUAAGCCACUACUGGGGCAUGCCUCUGCGUCACUUUAGUGAUGCGAUCCGCAAACAUGCUUCAUCCUAUGAGAGUCACUGGCAAGACACUGCUUAUUGGAUUUGUACCUUUAGCAACAGCCAAUGGCACGUGAAGGAUGAACUUGGGAAUGGAAAAUGGCAGGAUUCCUCCUUCUACCUUGCUCUCAAAAGUCCAGAUUGCAAGGGUACCACCAUGAUCAUCGAUGAUCACGUUUUGCCUCUGCAAAGGAUUUGGUGCUUGUUCGAGGUCUACCAAACAAUUUUACUCUCACAGAAUGGCAGUGAUGGAUUUCAAGGUUUACUUCUUUGCACAUCGGCGGGUGUGCUGCAACAAGGCAAUGCUGGGACGGAUGUUGCGAUGGCGGUCGCCAAGACAGUUGCAGAGUUGGAUACGGAAAACGCGAAAGCAAGCGAUGAGUCAGAUCGAUUGAUGAUUCAUAAACUGAUCGAAAGCAUGGACGGAGGCUUUGACUAUAUGAACACCUUCGUUCGGAACACCAUUUGCAAAGCUCUGGAAGCCUCCCAUUCCCACUACGAGACUACACUCAAGACUUUAAUGGAAAAUUUGACCGGAAGAGUCUCUGCUCCAGCUGAAGCCCGUCCUGCGCUUCUCACCAGCAGACCCCAUCAUCCAGAGACUAAGGCAGGCAACUAAAUCCAGUAUAGUAUAGUAUAGCAACUCUCGAGCAGAAGGCAAGAAUCAAAGCCUUGUGUUGCUACAUGCAUAGUGCCCGCGGGAAUUGAAAUUCGCAAUUGCAUUUUUUCCUUUGGCUUGCAGAAGUCAGCCAAUCACAUUUAAAAUUGUGACAUUUGUGUCAAAUUUCGCAACCGUUGAAGCUGCAGAGUGCCUUCUGCUGUUGGGAGUGGCAG